AGUCUCUCAAGUUUCGUGUCUGUCGCUUGGUUUCUGCCGUACUCGAUCAGGCAAUGAGUGACUGCGACCUCAUCGAUGAAGUGGACGUUGACCAAUUAGCUGUCACUGGAGCACCCCCGGAUGCACCGGUCGACCACCAAAUAUAUUCGGCCAUGGGAACAACUCCCGCGAAGAACACCAAAUGUCUUCCCGUCUAUGUCGUAGAAUAUCAUCAUCACGCCGUGCAAUAUAUCCACCGACAGAUCGCUCGAAAAAAACUCAAGUUCGAAACGAAUGCCAUGAUCCAUUUCGACUCUCAUCCCGAUCUCUGUUUCCCACGUCCAUUCGAUCCGGACCGCAUUUUCGAGAAGGAAUAUGUUUACGACAAUGUGAACAUCGAAAGCUGGAUCCUGCCCCUAGUGUACGCGGGACACGUGAACAAUGUCGUUUGGGUUCGUCCCGCUUGGUCGGACCAGAUCAAAGACGGUAUUUAUCGUUUUCAAGUAGGCAAGGAUUUCAAUGAAGUGAAAGUGACUCUCCCGGAGGAGUAUUUCGUCUCGGAAUGCUUGUGGGCUCAAGAGGAACAUCUGAGCAACAUGAAGGAUUGCAGUCUAUACGUGACGAAAGUAUCCGACGCCGAUAUGACGAAGAUCGAACGCAAGUGCGAAGGAGCCGGGGACGACUGCGGUCAGGAGAACUGGAGCGCUUCGUGGAUACUCGACAUCGACUUGGAUUAUUUCUCCACGAAGAAUCCGUUCCAGGAGAUUUUCUCAGAAGAGCAACUGCGCAUCAUUCGGAAAUUAUACGAUUUCCCUGAGAUUCCUCAAGACAUCUGUCCCGAGCGUCUCAAGGAAUUGUCCCAAAAGCGACGCAAUCAACUCGAUGACCUUUUCAUCAUAUUUCUAGCGAACCUACACAAUUCAAAUUCUCAAGGCGAUCACGCCGAUUCUGAGGAUUCAGAAACGGAGCAGCUGGCCGCUGAGCUCAUCCAGGAUCUCGAUAAAAAUCCUCCGAAUCACGACUAUGUCCUCACCCCCGAACUCAUUCACGAUGCGGGAUGCACCAUGGAUUCGCGAUCUAUGCUGCCGCAUCACGUCAGCAGCCGCGAAGAAAUUCUACAAAUGAUCGCUGAGAUGGAGGCGUUCCUCGGCAAGUUACCCGAGAAACCGAAGGUCGUGACGAUCUCAAGGAGCAGCACCGACGACUACUGUCCAAAAGAUGAUGUCAAUUUCAUUCAAGACCAAGUGAUCUCAAUGCUCGAACGACUCUACGGCGAGUGCAACGUGACGCGAGACUACGACGAAGAACCGCCGAAAGAGUAGUCGGCGGCACUCUCCAAGCUCUGUGCUUCUCGUUCCUACGACGGCAAGAUACGUUGCGGGGGCUCAUCCUCAGUAUUCCAGAUAACGCAUCGAUCUUCCUUCCCGUGAUUUGAGAUCUUGCCGGUGAGCGCGCCUCACGGAAUCUCGUUUGUGAAAAGAUAGCAAAAAACUUUCAGGUCCUCAUUCUGCCUUUAUGAACGUCUAUAGGGUUCCCGAUAGACCUAUGAACAAUUUCCCUCCGCCGACCUCAUGACAGAUCGGUUUUUUUUCCGGUGAACGAAGCUUUACAUCUUUGCUUGUGAUACGACGAGAGUUGAGGAUUUCCGCGGGCUCCGGUGCGGAGAGACCCGGAAACCUUACUUUGAAUGAGUGGAGUUUUUUGGAAGAACACUCUCCCAUUCCAAUAAUCGACACCAAAUGCAUUUAAGGAAGAACAACAAGGACAGCGACAAAUAAACUCAAUCGUUUGCAUUCAUUCCACU